AUGGACAUCAAGAAGACAUCCGUGGCAUCUUCCUCGGUGUAUGAUGCUCUGGUCAAAUUCCUGAUUUUCCCAAAUCUUGACCAGAGCGAAUGGUGGGAAGCAGCCGCAUCCAUGCUGGCUAGGAUGCUCUCAGCUGCCCAUUACAACUUCCAUCAACAGUUCCAAUACUUGUACCUCUUUGCCACACACGUCAUCCCGAUGCUAGGCCCAUUUCCCAAGUCUCGCCCGGGCCUCUAUGACUGUCUCCUUGGAGGCCUGGGGUCUUUGGAAUUCAGCCAGAACUUGGCUCAAUCUCAGUCGCUAGUCCGCAUCGCCUUCGAACCGACCAGUCAUGAAGCCAGCACGGGCGAGGAUCCUUGUAACCGCGGCAUGAUUGACCAGGCUCUUCGCCGAUUGAAACGCGUGAGUCCUUCUUUGGACUUGCAGCUGUACCAUCGGUUGAUUGUCGAUCUCACGCUGAGCGAUGACGACGAACGGGCACUGAUCGACGCAAACGAGCUAGCUGGCCGUCCAGCCCGGACGCAAUCCUUAGUGGCGCUGGACUUGAAGGACGGGGACAUCGCCGUCAAGCUCUACCUGUACCCUGAGCUCAAAUCCGCGGCGACGGGCACUCCCAUUCUCCAGUUGAUUGGGGAUUCUAUGCGCAAAGUCGACCCAGGGGAUCUUUUCUCUGCUGGUCUUGCCGAAGUGGAAGAUUUCUUGCGCCGUGCACCAUCCACUUUGCAGGCUUACUUCCUGUCGUGCGAUCUGGUCUCCCCAGCAGUGACCCGGUUCAAGCUCUACCUGGCAGACCUGCAGGUGGGGUUUGACCGGAUUACCGACAUUUGGACGCUGGGAGGGAAGCUCCAGGGGGAAGAGACGGAACGAGGGCUGCAGAUGGUGCAGGACCUGUGGGAAGCGCUGGAGAUCCCCCCGGGCACUCGAGCGCCUCCGGACAGACCAACCCGGCCUGGAGAUCCACCAACCAGGCUCCCCCUGCUGGCAAACCUCGAACUCAAGCCCCGGGAUCCUUGGCCAAAAUUAAAGAUCUAUUUCCCUCUCACCGGCCUGAAUGACGAGAUGGUUGCCACCGCAUUGUCAAGUGUGUUCCGGAGGUGGGGCUGGGAGGACCAUGCCAGCACGUACGUCGAGAACGUGGCUUCUUACAAGCCUGAUCUAGAUUUAUCGCAAUCGUCUGACUUCCAGGCGUGGCUCUCAUUUUCGUAUUCGAUCAAGACAGGCCCGUACACCACGAUGUACUACCACUGA